CCUCUGUUUGGAAUUUUUCCAAAAUAAGUCAAAAUCAACAUUUCAUGAAUCCCACGGGCUUAAAUAUAACUAUUUUGUUCUGGUUGAAAUUUGAAAGUAGAGGAAAUUUUCUUCGUGAAUUAUUUUGCUUCUUAAGUUUUUACGAUUCGUGUGAAGUAUUACAGGUGAAUCAUAUAAUAAAUUAAGCGGGUUUUUUUUUGGUGUUUCUUUACGUAAAAAUAAAGGGGCCGAAAGUCUGCUGUUUCUGGUAGCUGGAUUGUACUAUGAGGGCAAUUAAGGUAGCAAUCGCCGAUGCGAUAGUGACGUGCUUGUGGGUUUUUUGUGCAUCGUCGUUGGGUGCACUCACUUUCGUUGUGGCUUCUGCUUUUGGGGUUAGCCAAGGCCUGCCUACGCUUUUGAUCACCACUUUUCUCCUUUUUGUUCUUUUGUUUGUAUUCGGAUUUAUUGGAGAUGCGCUGGGAGGCGCCACCUUCAAUCCCACAGGUCCCGCCGCCUUUUAUGCCGCCGGCGUUGGAGGCACUGAGUCUCUUGUCAGCGCCGCCGUCCGCUUUCCUGCUCAGGCAGCUGGUGCAGUAGGUGGUGCACUUGGGAUUCUAGAGGUUAUGCCAGUGCAAUACAAGCACAUGCUAGAUUGUCCUUCUUUGAAAGUCGAUUUGAAUACAGGAGCAAUUGCUGAGGGAGUAUUGACCUUCAUAAUUACCUUUGCUGUCCUUUACAUUGUCCUGAGGGGUCCUACCAACCCAUUUGUGAAGAAUUGGUUGCUAGCUAUGUCAACUGUUGCCUUAGUGGUUGCAGGUUCGAGUUAUACUGGACCUUCCAUGAAUCCUGCAAAUGCCUUUGGCUGGGCAUAUGUAAACAAUACGCACAAAACAUGGGAGCAAUUCUACGUCUACUGGAUCUGCCCCUUCAUUGGAGCAAUAUUAGCUGCGUGGGUUUUCCGUUUUCUAUUUCCGCCUCCUCCAGUCAAGAAGCAGAAGAAAGCCUGAAAUGCUAUUGAUCAUCAAACAAGUCACUUAAGCUUGUCGAUAUUACAAUGUCCUGAACCAGUAUUUUUAGCUUUGAGAUUAUUUUUACAGACAGUCUGCUAUAGGGAUUUGGAAAUUCUAUUCUGCCAGCUACAUCCAAAAAAAUAAAAAUGAAAAAAUUAUGCAUUUUGAUGAGGAAACUUGGAAAUUUUGGUUAAUUUGAAGCUAUAAAAUUUACUCCUUGCCAA